AAAUUUCAAGAGGCCUUGACAGAUAUUUCCUCUCGUUCAUAUGAGAUGUGAGUAUAAAGACAACGAUAAAUGUUUAGAAAUGUGUUUUUUAUGAUGGAAUUAUCUUGGCAAUGAGUCACGAUAUACCAAAAUGUCAUCUCUAAAACGAGAAGGAAGGUAGAAGAAUGGUUGCAGUGAUGACUUUUUUACACAGUUUGCUUUUACACAGUUUUGCAAAACAGUAAAAAUUGGUUAAAAUAGGGCAGCCCAUCCUUAAAGGGUAAGAGAGAUCAGCGUGUGCUAAAAAUUCCUAAUAUUUUUGGAUCCUGAGGCACAUCGAUCUCCAUAAUCGUGUGUAGCUGAUGUAUGUGCUAUGAAUGAUGAAAUUGUCGAUAAUCUUCAGUAGGAAUUUUGUCCAGCAAUUUAGAGAAUUAGAGGGAUUCCGUUAGCGGUUAAACCGCUUAAUCGCUUCACUACUGAUUUCAUUUCGAAAAAUCAGUGAACAUUCCUCGAUAACUGCUCGUUCAACUGCGUAUACUCUCGCCGCCUAUAUUCCAUACCACCUCUCUUGGUGAUACAAUACCACCGAUAGUACGAAAAGGGGCGUUUGGUACGGUGUGGUACGGGCCGACACACUCGGUUCUACUCGGCUCCACUCGUCAGGUGUUCUCAGUGCUGCACAGGUUAAAUACCUCAGUGCCAACAAACCGUUCACCACAGGUACCACUGAGUUAGUGUAUGUGUUGUAUACGCACAAGUAUGGCUCCACUCACAGACAACAGCUGCUUCGCAUUAUAAUUCACGCAUGACACCUCUUAUAAAAUAUGAACCUGCCACGACCCAACAAGAGCUAAAAUCUCAACCAACACAGGACCCAUAGAAUGGUAAACUGGGCCGUUGCCGCAGAAGGCCAUCCCGACUCUCUCGACCCCUGUAACACCCCUCGCCCAGAGGUUCCAAGUGAUGCCCAAGCGGUCCAUUCCACCUACACUCCACCUAUGGGACUGAAUGACGUCACCCCACUGAGUGAUGGGAGUACCGUGACCUCAGUAACGACAAUCGCUUCGAACGAGACUGUUCCCAGCAUUCACAAUGAUAUCCCCCUUAAGAAUGUCGCCAGUAGGCGUGACUUGUCAUCAGACAGUGAUCCCCUAGGUAGUAAGAGCCAGAGUGGUCCGCCAUCCUUAUCAACAGCAGUGAUUAAUGCCCCGGGUACAAAUCCGACGAUAACAUCGAGCUUAGCUCUCGAGGAGAAUUACGAGGGCUUCGGUUACGUCGAGGAAUUGUCACCUAGUCAGAGAAGUAGCAGCUGCAGUUCAGCGCCGUCACCAACUAAUGGACAGUCAAGCAACACAGCAAAGACAUUUAACAAUAGUCCUGUGAGCACCCUAGGGAGACACACUUGGCUGAGAACGUCGUUGAGACGCACUCCAGCCUCUGGAAAGCGACAACUCGGAUCCAAUGCAUUAGCCAGCCAACUUUACCGGAGCGGAAGUUUCAAUAGCUCCGGAAGGGGUUCAACUUGUGACGCAACGGACGAUAUGUACAGUGACAUCUCGUUGGAGGAUGACGUUAUUGAUCUUAAUCACAGAGUAAGAAUGAUACAGGAGCAGAUGGAUGCGCUUGUUGAUAAUCAGUCGAGUUACUCGAUCAGUUCGGAACGAUAUGCAAGAGUGAAAGAAGAAAAUGCAACACUCCAGGCUAGGGUGCUGAUGCUUGAGGAGGCAUCCAAAGAUGCGGAAGCUAGAAAUGAGGAGAAAUUGCAAGGGGAGCAGAGGAGGCACAAGGAGUGGAUAGCGAGGCUGGAGAGGGAGAAGCAGUUAGAGCUGGAGAAUUGCAAAAUUAAGAUGCAGGGUCUCGAGGUGGAAAAUCAUCAGUUGAGAGAGCAAGUGACAAGACUGCGACAGCAGCUGAAUGUUGCAAAGGAGGAGAGAGAGAGGCUGGAGAGUACCCUGGAAGAGGCGAAUGCCGCGUGCGAGGGGGCGAGACAAGGUGAACGUUCGGCUGUGUUGAAGGAAAAUGAAUUAAGAGUGAUGUUGGAUGCUGCGAAGGAGGAAUUGAGGGCGAGGGCAACAGAUAGGGGGCGAGUUGAAGAGUUAUUGGUAGAGGUAGCAAAGCUCAGGGCGAAUAACAAGAGCCUUGAAGAGUCCAGGGAUGAACUUCAAGCAGCAGCAGCUCUGCAGGUGGGAAGGGAGCUGUUGCUGUUGAAUCCUGCGACUUUGGAGAAGAACUCGAAGAGCCUUGCAGCGGAAAUGUUAGAUGGCUCCAAAGAUAGUGUGGACGGCGAGGGAAAGAAGAGGAGUUUGGCGGAGGUGCUGCAAGCUCUGAAGGAACAGCAGGAGGUUAAUGCUCAGUUGAGGGCGUAUAUUGAUGGGAUUCUAUUGAAUAUCGUGGAGAAUUAUCCGCAGUUGCUCGAAGUGAAACAGCCACAGUAGCGUGGAAAUUGAUUUAUAGUAUGUAUAGGAUUCGAUUGAAAUUUCACGUGAUGUUUCUGAGCAUACUUUUGGGCCAAUGAGAUUUAGGAGCGGAAAAUUUUGGAGACAAGAGAAUUUCAUGGAUAUUUCCAUCAAAUGAAUUUACGAAGAUAUUAUCGGGAGCUUUACAAUCCCCAAGUAUUGUGUAAAAUAUAAUUGCAAAUUUUUCCUUUCUGAGAUAACAUUUGAUUGAUGGAUGAUUAACAAAACGGGGACUGAUACAUGAAUUUUUGAAGAUUUUGAAAAAAAAUGGGUAUUGGUCACUGCAAAAUCAUUCACAACUCUAUUGACCACUAAAUUGACACGUAUUGAAUUAUCUUGGAUACUAAAUUAGCAUUGAGUUUAGGUAUUUGAGAAAGUCAUCGCUUUCAUCAUGAUAUAUUGGUCCGUCCUUGCGUCUGAUAAUGAAUUGAUUGUACAUAAUGAUUUUAUUAAUUUGUUAAUAUGAGUGUAGAGAAGAGAAUUUGUUGUCAAUUGACUGACGAUUAGACAUGUGAUUCAAACAGUAUCAGCAGCAGUGUUAUUUUUUUUGAAUUUAUACCGUAAUAAUGUAGAAUUAAUUAUAUCAUUAAUUUAUUUGAUACAGAUAGCUCAGGAUAUUGUUCUAUCACUUUACAUAGAAGUUAGCCACUCUGCAAUGCAUCCGGGGUGUUGGUAGCAUUCAAUUAUGUACAAUAUACAUAGGUAAUUAAGAAAAAUCAUGACCCACGUAUUGAAAAGCAAAUCUCAUUACACUGUAAUCUCAUGAUAGUAGCGUAAACAGGGGCAAUUAAUUAGAUUAUCACUCAUAAUGCAAUAAUCUUUUUAAUGUUUACCGAGUAUGAUUUAAGGAUUUGUCAGAUGUAUGAAUAUUCACAGAUUGUGACAUGAUAUUUGUUAUAUACUUGAUUCCCCGAUAUUCAUGCAAUAAAUUAUAUUUUUUAAAUAUAAAAA